CCGAGCUCUUCCUCCCGGAGAGCUCGACCUAGCCAGGAGGCUCCUGGCUGGGAAGAAGCAGUAACUCGCCACACCAGCUCGCCACCCGACGCCGUGCCUUCCCACGCUUGACAUUAUGUCUGUACGUGUAAGGUUUUAGUGAAAGGUUCCUGGUACCAUGAAGUGUGACAAUUGUAACUGGAUACAUUUAUUUGACAACAAUUGAAAAUAUAUCCGGUGGAGACCUAUCAGCACGGCACAGAUGAGUGCGAGAGGUCACACUCCCUAGCUAUCUACACGCACACCGCCUCAUGCUAGUGGAAGUGUUUCAUGUCUUACAGGCACACAUAUGCAUUCAUCUGUAAUAUGUUAACUCUAUAACAUAGUUACGAUGUCUCCGUGGUCCAGAUUACAUAAUGCGUGUUUCUUCUCGGUUUUGGUCGCCAUUGCACAAGCUGGCAGGUGUUCGGAGGGCAAGUUUCUCUGUGACGGGGAACGAUGUGUGCCCACCAGGUGGAAAUGUGAUGGCACCUAUGACUGUCGGGAUCACUCAGAUGAAGAGAGCUGCGAACUCAAAACAUGUGGAACACACUACUUCCGGUGUUGGAAUGGUCAGUGUGUGACGAGAAAGUGGCGAUGUGACGGUGAGUAUGACUGCGCUGAUGGAAGUGACGAGACGGAGUGCAAUCCUUCCACUGUGACCGUGACUACUGCAUCCACAUCACUGGCCUCAUCGCAGUCGCCCACAACGAAGGCGUCAGCAGUCAGCCCCACUGCAGGGUGGGAGACGCCGCGUGUUGUCAUCGCAACGAACAAGAAGCUGUACAGUGUAACCAUCUCGGGGGUCGCGCCUCCUGUCCAGGAGAUGGGUGUUUUACCAGGCCUGAUAGGUGAGCUGCAAGGCUUCGACAUGAACGUCAGACGGCGUCAGCUAUGCUGGACGGAUUCUCAGCGGACGGAUGUGAUUUGUGGGAGUGUUGGGGAAAACCUAACACUAGCAAGCUAUAAGAUGGUCGACUCCACCCUCCAUGGCGCGACCUUUCCCGCAGACCUCGCCUAUGACUGGAUCCAUGGCCACGUUUUCUGGACAGAGACCGUCAGGGGCACACUGUACAUGGGGCAGCCAGAGCCACCGUUCUCUCAGAAGAAAACUCUUAUCGGGCCUGGCCUAGCGGAACCCAGCCUCUUGGUGAUAGAGCCAAGUUGUGGGUGGCUGUACGUGACUGAGUUUGGCGUGAGGAUACAGCGGUAUCAUCGAGACGGGAGUGACGGACAGGUGGUGGUGAAGGGAAAUACUACCAGUAUAACGGGUCUGGCGAUAGACCAGAUUACAAAACGCCUCUACUGGCUGGACACUGGCAGGAGAACUGUAUCCAGCUGUCUUCUUGACGGCGGAGGCCGCAGAAAAGAACACAGGCUCCAGACGAGGUAUGACACGGUGGGUCUGGCCGUGCAUACACACAACAACAGGACAAGUAUUUACUGGGGUGAAGCUACAUCAGGAAAAGUGAAGCGUGUUGACCUUGACCUUGGACCCCGGCAGGAGCAAUUGCUAUCUCAGCAUGAAGGUGGCAUCCGGGGCAUCAAGAUCUUUGGGCACAGUUCACAACCACCAAGCACUAAUCGGUGUGAAGGGUCCCCCUGUUCCCAUUUCUGUCUGCCAGUCGACCAGCCCGGGGAAGCCCGUGACUACCGGUGCGAGUGCCCGGAUGCGUUCAGCCUGAACCCUGACGGGCAUAGCUGCAGUUCCGACGCCAACGGACAGAAACGAAAAAGUGUGCCUUUGAAGACCUGCAAACAAGCGAAGUUCAGCUGUCUAAGUGAAGACAAACGCUGCGUUUCUGUCAGGGCCGUGUGUAACAAUCGCAAAAAUUGUGCCGACCACUCCGACGAACACACAUUUUGCAAUGAGUUGGACCCGGACCCCAGUCCCGCAGUCCCUGGUACAGAGUUGGACCCCGGACCCCAGUCCCGCAGUCCCUGGUACAGAGUUGGACCCCGGACCCCAGUCCCGCAGUCCCUGGUACAGAGUUGGACCCCGGACCCCAGUCCCGCAGUCCCUGGCCUGACAGCCACACAUAUGGGUACAGAGUUGGACCCCGGACCCCAGUCCCGCAGUCCCUGGUACAGAGUUGGACCCCGGACCCCAGUCCCGCAGUCCCUGGUACAGAGUUGGACCCCGGACCACAGUGCCGCAGUCCCUGGCCUGACAGCCACAUGGUCAGCCACGUACCUGUUGUCUGUUGAGAGCGGAAUCAUCAAACGCAUCCAUGUGACAGACAGUUUCAGCACGUCUACCAUGGAGCAAAGUAUAAGAAAUGCACGCGGGCUCGGUGUGGACACGCGCAGAAGACAACUUUUCUUCACUACAAAGUUUUCCAUUGUCCGCGCCGACAUAACAAACUCACUUGGGCUAGAGAAUACGACACCAGUCCUUGAGGACACGUCUGUACAGGUGGGCGACCUGUCCGUCGACUGGCUCCACGGUUUGCUUUACUGGAUAGACACAAAACACAACAAAGUGACGGCAACAACCAUGGACGGAGCGAUCUCCAAGGUUGUCUACACUGGAGGAAGGCUCAACGCCAUUGCAGUAGAUCCAUUCAAAGGUGUGUUCUACCUGGCUGACAACACCUGGCGGCCAAGAAUAUAUAUGUGUGGUAUGUCUGGAGGAGGCAGAACAGUUUUCAUUGGGGAUAUGGCGAGCAUCAGGAGUGUUAUGAUCGAUUUCAAAACCAACAUGGUGUACUGGACAGACGUCACAAUUAACGCGUUGAUGGCCUUGCCCAGCAGUGGUCAUGGGGCUUUGAACGUGUACAGUGACCCACACCAGGGAGACAUGACGGGUCUUGCCUGGUCCAAGAACUGGAUAUACAUCUCUGACUUUGGCAAGAACACUGUCAGGAGAUUCUUUCGGAAGCGCUGGGAGAACGUGCGCCCGGAGGCUGAUGGCCCCACAGACAUCGCCGCCCUUGACAUUGCUUCUCAGCCAGUCGGUAUAACUGACUGUGCUCGCCGUAAUGGAGGGUGUUCUCACAUGUGUCUCCCCAGAUUUACGGAUCAUUCUUGUGCCUGCCCUGCGCCCCUCGCUUUAGUCGGAUCAUCAUGUUAUUAUAAAGACGUGCUAUUGGUCCAGGGUAAGGACUACAUAACAAGAGUGGACCUCGCCACCUUGCAGCACGGGGAGUUUGAUCGGGCAUCAUCUUCUGUCACUCCAUACGGCUCGCCCGCCACACCGGUUUCCCUUGAUUUUGACUUCCGAAAUAAUGCUCUCUACUGGACGGAUCCUGGUUUGAAGGGCAUUUACAUGUCAAGGUUGAAAGAGAAUAUGGAAAUAGAGUCAGUUGAGACUUUGUUUAGCACUGGUGUGGACGAACCUGAAGGACUCGCGGUGGACUGGGUUGACCACAAUGUUUACUGGUCAGAUACUGCCCGUCACGUCAUCAUAGCUGCCUCGCUAAAGACCCGUGCAAAGACGACCCUUCUGGACUCUGGGUUGGGAACUGUCCGAGGAAUAGCAAUACACCCACAAGCGGGGUUGCUCUUCUGGACCAACUGGGGCGAUGUCAUAGCCUCUAAGGUGGAGAAAUGUGAACUGGAUGGCUCCCACAGAACACCAAUCAUAACAUCAGGCCUUCACACGCCCAAUGGUUUGGCGAUAGAUUACCAGGCACAGCGCUUGUAUGUUGGAGACGCCGGAAGAGACAUGAUCAUAAGCUGCAGUAUGUUGGGCAACGACUGCUACACACUUCACACCAGUUCACAGAGGGAAGAACUCAUCUCCCUCACAGUGGACCAUAACUACGUGUACUGGACUGACCUGAGACGCGGUAAUGUCAUGAGAAUGGACAAACAUUCAGGAGGAGACAAGCUUUUGGUUCUCAGCAGCGCCGUUCAUCCGCACGGCGUGAAGCCCUUCAACCCUGAUCAACAACCAGCAGGGAAUGCUGUGUGUGGCUCGGACAACAGAGGCUGUUUAAUCUGUCUCCCCGCUGUCCGGAAGGGAUCAAGAGACAACUUUCGGUGCGCAUGUCCAGAUGGCAUGUCACUUGGUGAAGACGAGAAGUCAUGUCGUACGUCAAAGGUAUGUGAGGCCGGGUACAGAGAAGUGCAUCGUGAGUGUGAGGAUGUGGACGAGUGCAGCCAGCCAGGCACCUGCUCUCACACAUGCCACAACAUACCGGGAGGCUUCACCUGCACAUGUCGCCUGGGAUACAUCCUCGUCAACGCAACCCGGUGUCGACUAGAAGGUAGUCCUGCCCCUGCCCUUCUUGUUGUGGAUUGGCAAAGACUCCGUGUGAUAGACCAACUGGACUCCCCCAUCCCCCGGGUUGUCGACAUCCGCCGCCAGCCAGCCAUGAAGCGACCGGGCGCACUGGACGUUGACAUGGAAACAGGGCGUGUCUUCUGGGCAGAUCUCAAGUCAAAAACCAUGAACAUGGCCACUCUGAAUGGAAGCACUCUGCUUUCUCCAACUGUGUUGGUCGAUUCCGGGAUAAGACUCCCCGAGAGCGUUGCGUUUGACUGGCUGCACAAGGCUCUGUACUGGGUGGACUCCACGGAUGGUGCUAUCAGGGUGGUCGCCCUGGCAACCAGAUUCAGCAGGACGGUGCACAGACAUCUGGAUAGACCACGAGCUCUAGUGCUUGAUCCGAAUGAAGGACGCCUUUACUGGAGUACGUGGGGGGAGACACCGAGUAUAGAAACGAGUGGGAUGGACGGGUCAGGAAGGACGGCCAUCAUCACAACCGACAUCGUCUGGCCCAAUGGCUUGACCAUAGACUAUGGUGAACGGCGUUUAAUGUGGACUGACGGGAACAUGGGUGCAAUCUUCAGCUCCGACAUGGACGGCAGUAAUCGAAGAGAAGUGGUUUUCAGCCACAGUGAACAACUUCAACAAAUGUUCUCUGUGGCUGUUAUAGAGGAUUACGUCUACUGGACAGACUGGCGGCGCCGAUCACUGAGCAGGGUCCGCAAGACGACUGGACGUGACAUGAGGACCUAUACAACGGUGACCCUCAGAAGACCACUAGAUGUCAAGGUCAUGCAUCAAGACAGACAACCUAAAGGCACAAACCGGUGUGGCAUCAAUAACGGUGGGUGUUCUUACAUCUGUUCACCUGCUCCUGGCGGGAGGAUGUUCGCCUGUCAGUGCCCGGAUCACAUGCUGGUGGGAUCUCGCUGUCUGGAUCCUGCGUAGAGACUGCCAUGGCACAACUGUACACCAGAAACAUGUUACCUUUUCAUUGACAGUAAAUCUUUAGGGUGUAGGUACGAAAUAUAUUAGUUAAGUAUGUAUGUAGCAUGUGAUGUCCAUUUGCGCCCACGUCUCAAUAAAACGUUUGCUGACCA